AUGGGUUCGAGGAAGAAGACGAGACGCAAUCUGAUCGAGCGUUUGGGUGUGGAGGAUGGAGUUACCGCGAAGAAGGUCCUUGAUUUUGAUUCUAUGCCUGAGUUCAAUCCUCCGAUUGGAGAUUUGAGUGAGAAACGAAACAAUUGGGAGCAGUCGAGGAACGAAGAUGGCAGUGGCAGAUUUCGGAAAGCUGAAUCUCGAGGAACCUCCUCCGAUCUUGCAGCGUUGAUUGCUUCYAAAAYCUCGAACAAAUUGAAUGAUCAGGUUGAUAUGCAAAGUGAGAAAAUGUUAAAACUUCGAGCUGCUUUAGAGGGAAAGCUAAGAAGCAAUGGAGUUCUUGGUUCUACUGUUUCGAAGUCUGAUAAAUCUCAAAAACGUCAGAAAUUAACUAAUAGGGUUCCAUUCAAACUUCAAGCACUUGGGAUAGUUUGGGUAGCUCACUAUCCUCCAAUAGUCAGUAGUACUCCUACAAUAGACAGAGCAAUGUGGUACUCCAAAAAAUCCCGACUCUGUCUAACGAGAAACGGGGAAUGUGGUUGUCAUAAUUCAUAA